AUGUCUCGUAUUCAGAUCCCCCUCGACGUUAUUACGUCGCGCUUCAACCUCUCGGAGCGCUUUUCGGGCCUCAAUUCGGGUAGCUUGACCAGCCGCUUCUCAAACCUCAGGCCCUUGUCCGAGUUCUUCGACUUCAAGCGCCUUUCCAAGCCGCAAAACUUUGGCGAGGUUCAGUCGCGCGUCAACUACAACCUCAGCUACUUCAGCAGCAACUACAGCGUCAUUUUCGUUAUGCUCUGCAUCUACACCCUGCUGACGAACUGGUGGCUGCUCUUCGACAUCAUCUUUGUCACCCUCGGCAUGUUCCUCAUCGGUAAGCUCGACGGACGUGACCUUGAGAUCGGUACUUUCAAAGCCUCGCCCAGCCAGCUCUACACUGGCCUGCUGGUAAUCGCGAUACCAGUUGGCUUGAUUGCCUCGCCCUUCUCUACCAUUGCCUGGCUGAUCGGAGCCAGCGGUGUCACCAUCAUCGGCCACGCUGCCCUGAUGGACAAACCUAUCGAUGAGGCUUUUUCUGGGGAGGCGGUCUAG